UGGCUCUGCUUGUAACCGGUGAUAAGCAAAAACGUUCUCAAGGAAGAUUCCCUACAAUUUUCUUUAAAAAAAAUCCUAAUUUGAAUCCCAGAACUCGUUUCUCCUCUCGCCCUACAUCAAAUCAACCAGUAGUAGUUUAUACAUUUUUUACUAUGUUUUGCUGACACGAAACUCCGUUAGUUUCCAGGGACAAUACACAUAAUCAGAAACACGUGGGAGAGAAUCAGUUUCAAAACACAAACCUGCCAGAAUGUCCCAGACAAUGGCAAUAAAGAUACCUGUUCCAAGGAAGAAGAAAUGGCAAAAAACAGAGCACAGUUUUACACCAUUUGCUCAUAAAUCCAGGAAGAUGGGUUUCUACAGUGGAACCCUUCGGGGCAAUCAUGUGGUCGUGGAAUAUUCCGGGGAUGCCUAUGAUUUAUAUACAAAGGGAUGUUUUGGAAAAGGUUCGUUGUCUCGGAGUUUACCUGAGUUUCAAAAUCUUCAACCAGUAAUUGAUAUUCCAAAGGACAAUGAAUUGAUCCAACUCAAGAUUAUGAAACUCAGUAGAUAUUUUACUCACCUCAAAUGGAAAAAAUGUGUAUCAAAUGAUGACUUGUCUAUAUUGGAUGAUGAAGAUGAUGAUGGUUCUGGUGAUGCUGAACAUAAAGUUGUGCCUGACGAACCAACUGAAUCCUCUGUUGGAGCUAAAACAGAUGAAACCAUUACAAAAUAUUCCAAAGACACCAAACCGUUGUCCCAAGUAAAUAAGAACAUUCCUUUACAUCCAUUGUGUAAAAUUGAUGAAGAUGCUGCUAAUGUUUUUGUGGUUGACCAACGUCGACUGAAAUCAGAAACUGUAGAAGACAAUUCCAGGAGAUCCACCCAAUGGUUACCCUCAUUGAAACAAGACCCUUAUUCUAUGGGAGAGGUUCUUCUACUUAUAUAUGAAGAGGCAUUUUUUCUGACAUACGGUCUUGGUUGUUUACUUGUCAAGGAUAAUCAAGGUAAUCCACUGAAGAUUUCUGAAAUGUGGAAAAAACUCUACAAAAACAGGUCUGACUUUCUUCCCAAUUACAUUGCUUACCAUUAUUACCGAAGCCAAGGAUGGAUCCCCAAACCUGGAAUUAAAUUUGGAUGUGACUUCAUUCUCUACAAAGACGGUCAGUUAUUCUACCACGCCACUUAUUCUGUGUUAGUAUUGAUGGUAGAAGAAGGGUCCCUGGAAGAAGACCCUCGAUGGUCAGUCCGAAAUCUUGAUUGGAUGACACUGGCCGGACUUGACCGAAUGAACGAACAUGUCAGUAAACAACUGAUGUUUUGUUAUGUGAUAAAACCCAAGGACAUUUCCGAAGAGGAACUGCUCUCACCAAACUGUAUCUCCAGGUUUAAAGUUCAGGAAAUCUUAAUGUCUCGGUGGAUAUCAAGUCAAGACAGAGAGAAGAAGAACGAAAAAUUGCCCGAAGAAUUUCCUUGACCCAGCUUUAAUCUUAAAGACAAAUAAAAGCUUUAUUAAUUUUUCA